AUGCCGUCCCCACAUCAGGAAAUCGCUUCUGAACUACAGGAAGUUGGAGAAUUAAUAUCUUCAUCAAAAUUAAUGGAAACUAGAGACAGUAUUUCUUCCAUAGACAGCGAUGUCUCCUUAUCCUUUGAUAAGAAACAAGUUGAAAAUUGCACGGAAGAUGAAGGAGCUCAUAUGGCCGAUUUAAGUGACAGUUCUUCUGAUACUGGCUCGCAUGGAGGGGGUAAGGAUUCCGGAUGUGAGGUAACUCCUGAAGUCACUGAACCCCCAUUUACAGCCCCAUCUGACGAAUUAGCUGAUAAAAUUGUUCAACAAGUUGAGUUUUACUUCUCCGAUGCUAACAUUACUAAAGAUGCCUUUUUGCUCAAACACGUCAAAAGAAAUAAAGAAGGGUAUGUUUCUCUUAAACUAAUUUCUAGUUUUAAAAGGGUUAAGCAUUUGACUAAAGACUGGAGGGUAGUAGCCCACGCUUUGGCUAGAUCCUCGAAGUUAGAAAUUAACGAAGCGGGCACAAAGCUUAGAAGAUUAGAGGCAUUACCUAAAUACGACGAAACUACUCCAUCCAGGACCGUAGUAGCUGUUCAUAUGCCCAUAGAAAAACCCACAAUUGAGAACGUUGCGGAAUUAUUUAGAUCUUGUGGAGAAAUUGCUCUAAUCAGAAUUCUAAGACCAGGUAAUCCGAUACCCGCAGAUGUUAGACAAUUCAUCAACAAAAAUCCUUCUCUAUCCGGCAUGGUAUGUGCUUUAGUCGAGUUUGUUCAUUCAGAAUCAGCUAGAAAUGCUAUACAAAUGCAAGCUACCCUUGGAGAACCACUUAAAGUUUACGAACUCAACAAUGUGCCCCAUCCUGAAAGAAAAAAGAAGCCUGCCAGCAAAAAGAGCACCAACUCGAAUAACAAUAUUAGUAGCAACAAUAAAAUUAUCUCAGAUUCUGAUUAUAUCUCCUCAUCAUGUCAGAGCAGUUCGGAAGCUGAAGAUCUAAAGAAAUUUGAUCCCAGAGGUAAGAUGCGCCGCGGAUCUUCUUCCAACUACCCUUCGAGAUACAUCGAACCAGCUGCAUGGCUUCAAAGACGGCUUAGCGCUUCCAGUACAGAAGCUAACUUCUUGUACAUGCCAAGAAGAUUGUCAAACAGCAGUAGAGACUCUAGCGAAUCGUCGUUGUUCGUGCCAAGAAGGAUGAGCGCUUGCAGUAUGUCCAGCAAUAACGACAAUUUUGUUAGAAGAAUGUCAUCAUCAUCAGAAUACAGCAAUCCACGCUCCAGGAGUAAUAGCUCAGCGUUCCAAAAUGGUGAAAACGUACUAAGGAUGCCAAAAGGACCCGACGGAAGUCGUGGGUUCAGACAAAGACUACCUACCGUAGCACAAUAA